GUCAUGCUCCACCCCGUGUGUUUCGCGUGGCCAGCUCUCUUUGUCCGGAACUCAGCUGCGUGCACGCGCAGUCCUGACUCGAGAUCUCGCCGCGCGCGCAAAGCGACUCCUCAAUUUCCACUCUGCGUCCAGACUGCAGACCAGCGCAAGAGGGGGAAACUUUCUUAAAACUUUUUAUCGCAUCUUCCCCCUUCUCUUUCUACAGAGAAAACUGCUUCGCGGAACUCUUCAACCGAAGAAGAAGUUGGUUAAGAAGUGCCUUACCUUUACAGCAUUGAACAUGUGUGCGCGUGCAUAGUUCUGGACGUAGCGCAGAUUUGCUUUUGUUUUUCGUUAAAAAAAAAAAAAAAAAAACUAGCAAACGAAGAGCGAAAAGUCUUGAGCGCUUCACUGUUUGUUGUCGCUUUUUAUUUGUUACACACUGCGGGAUUGUUUCGUUCGUUAUUCUUCAGAGGCCCGGUUUUUAUUGCUCAAGAAAAGCCAGUUCGCGAGAUCCGAUCGGUUAGAAGUUAAACAGACACCGAAUCCCCAUGAGGAAAUCAGAAGUGCGAAUCGAAGAGAUUUCGUGACUUGACUUUUUGUUUUGUUUUACUUUACUUGUUUUCCUCGAUUGAUCAAGCAGUCAGCGAUGAAGAUGUUCGUUGUGUUCGCUGUGUGCAUGUCGCUGGUGGUUUCGGCUCAAGCUGAUCAGAAGCUAAAGAACUGCAACGAAGUCAAAACUGCCUACAGCUCCAAAGGUUUCAACGUCAACGAUGUUCCCAACAAAGGAGUUCAUGGAAAUCACCUGAAGGUGUGUCCUCAAGGUUUCUCCUGCUGUACUCUGGAGAUGGAGGAGAAACUGAGUCAGCAGAGCCGCAUGGACCUGAAAGCCCCCGUUCAUCAGCUCAGCUCCAACCUGCAGAACAGCUUCACCCAGAGACACCGUCACUUUGACCAGUUCUUCAGAGAGCUGUUAAACAAUGCAGAGAAAUCUCUCAAUGACAUGUUCGUGCGGACCUACGGCUUGAUGUAUGUGAAGAACGCCGAGCUCUUUGAGCGUUUCUUCAGUGAGCUACGCAACUACUACAACCGUGGGAGCAUCGCCGUCAACCUGGACGACAUGCUAACGGAUUUCUGGACGGAGCUUUUGGAGCGCAUGUUCCGACUGGUCAAUGUGCAGUAUGAGUUCAACGAAUCAUACAUGGAGUGCGUCAGCAGGCACAUGGACCAGCUAAAACCCUUCGGCGAUGUUCCACGCAAGCUGCGCCUGCAGUUGACCCGGUCCUUCAUCGCAGUUCGCACGUUCACACACGGCCUGGCACUAAUGCCUGAUGUGGUGGACAAAGUCUCCACGGUUAGUUCCUCUCCGAGUUGUGUGCGUGCGGCUAUGAAGAUGUUAUACUGUCCGUACUGUACCGGUCAGGUGGCUCUGAAGCCCUGCAAGAACUACUGUCUCAACGUCAUGCGAGGCUGCCUGGCCAAUCAGGCCGAUCUGGACACAGAGUGGAAUAACUUCCUUGAUUCCAUGGUUGGUCUUGCUGAGAGACUAGAGGGACCCUUUAACUUUGAGUCAGUAAUAGAUCCCAUAGACGUGAAGAUUUCAGACGCCAUCAUGAACAUGCAGGAAAACAGCAUACAGGUCUCACAGAAGGUGUUUCAGGGAUGUGGGCAGCCCAAACCCAACAUGGCUUUCCGCUCCAGGCGCUCUACAAAAGACUCGGGCUUCCCCGGGCGUUUCCGACCCUACAGUCCUGACGCCAGACCCACCACCGCCGCUGGCACUAGUCUGGACCGACUGUUGACUGAUGUUAAGAAGAAACUGAAGCAUGCCAAGAAGUUCUGGUCCACCCUGCCUGACACUGUGUGUGUUGGAGAGCGAAUUGCUGUCGGUGAUGAAUGCUGGAAUGGUACAGCCAAAAGCAGGUACGAAUCUGUUGUCAUAGGCAAUGGCUUAGCCAAUCAGGUGUCUAAUCCAGAUGUGGAAGUUGACAUCACCAAACCAGACAUGGUGAUUCGGCGACAGAUAGCAGUGCUGAAGGAAAUGACCAGUCGGCUUAAGGCUGCUUACACUGGCACUGACAUCUCAUUUGUCAAUGAGGAUGCCGGCAGUGGAGAGGAAAGUGGAAGUGGCUGUGACUCGGCCCCUUGUGACAGUGACGGGGACAUCUACUUCUCCACCCCAACGCCCAUUAAACCUCGCAUUAUCGAUGUUCAACCUAACAAACAGCCCUCUAGUGGUACACGGUUGGCACCUUUCAGCCUGACCCUGGCUGCGACGGCACUCCUGCUCGCCCUGCUCGCCCCACACAUGAGAUAAGACCGGCCCAGAGAGGAAGAGGAUGUGUGUUUGUACGAAUUUGAACAAGAGAGCAGAAAACUGCCUUAGGACAUUAAAGACACUGCUUUCAGGAUCUCCGUCUGCCUGCCAUCUGGGGAAGACACUCAAGUUAUUAAUCCUCAAAUAACUUCCCUUCAGUGUAUUUUUUUGUGUUUAUAAGAACGGACUUCAUUUAUGUACAGCUAUACGUUUCCACGCUGCAUCUCACGGCCGCUGGGCUUUAUUCCUCCGUGUCUGUAGUGUCCAGAAUCAUUGACAACUCAUCGUGAUUUUUUUCAGUUAUGGUUAAAAUAAGUGUUAGUUGGAAAGUAAGUCAGAUUGAGUAUGUGCUUGGGUGGAUGGUGUGUACGAUUGGCUGUAUAUAUCAUCCAAGCGCUUUUUAUAAAAGUUUAACAAUUAAUCAACCCAUAUAACACGUAUGAUUUAAGCAAAUCUGUAUGAAGUACUCAGAUUUUUUUUUAUACAUUUGGUGUGCAUGGAGGCUUUGGUUGGCUGCAGAUCGUAUAUACGUUCCUGAAUUUGAGCAUGAUAAAAACUCAUUCAUAAAAAGGGUUGCAACCAACAAAAAUGUAUGCAAUGCUGCCUUUUGAGUGAAGUCAAAACUAGAGGAUCCCAGACACAAAGUGUUUUUUUUUUGUUAUUUGUUUUUUUUCUGUAACUUUUUUUCACAGCCCCCGUAUCAUCAUCCCAAGUGUUUUUGGCAGUAUAAUAUAUAACUUGAGAAUAUAGUCUUCAGUAAUAACUUAAUAGUGUGUGAUAAGGAAGGAGUUUGGGUUAGGUAAGGUCUGUCUAAAGUUGAUGCAUUGAAUAGGCCUCGAUGGUUCCCUCAAAGAAGAUCAUGUAUUCUGCAUGAUGUGGACUUUGUGGCCUGAGUAAAGUUGUUUUUUACUGGACCGGGUGGAUACGAGCGUAUGCUGAAGAUGGCUUAAGACUGAGCUGUCAAGAGGAAUUUUACACAGGGUUUUAUGUGGAGGUUUUUAUUUUGCUAGAAGUGUAUUGUAAGGUAUAAAUCUAUGAUCGGUACUGCUACAGAUUUCACUACACAGUAACAGACGGUGCUGAUUUGAGAGGUUGGAUGGCCUCUUUACGUUUUUCUUACUUUUAUUUCUGUUUGUAACCUAAAACAUCCAGCCUUCUCCCCAUUCUCUGUUGAUAUCCAUUGAAGUCGGUACACUUUUUAAAACCAUUUCUCAUAUAGAGCAAUAGGCUGCGUGCAUGUACGGUGGGUUUCAACAUUAAUUUCAAAAGUGGCUAUGUAUGCGCUUUCCCAUUCAGAUGUCAGACAAGUGCUCGUUGAUUUAAAAGGGCUUUUCACCCACCUCUCAGAAAUACUAGCUCUCCUCGCUCUUGUACAGUAAGUUAUUUAACCACACAUCUCUUUAAAAGUCAUUUGCAGGCAUCGCUUUCCUAGCUAUCUUGAUUUCACUAUUCAAAAUAUUUAUGUCUGUAGAUGAAUGCGUUCUAAUGAAUUCACAGUUUAACAGAUGGUUUUAAAUUGGCUUCGAAUUUCAUGUUACAUAAUAUUUGAAUUUUGUAAACCGGGCUACCGUAAGCAUUUGUUUUGUCGUUACAGUUUUAUGUAAGGGGAUUGUGAAAAUUGUACAAGCUGAUGCAAGGACAGGGCUGGCCAUCGGUCCUUGAUCGUUCCUGAUGCCACAUGCACUUUUAAUUGGCAUUCAAAUACCUCACGGCAAGAGAGUUUUAAAUGAUGCUUUUAAUCGUAUCUGCAGCAUGCAUACUUUUUACGUUCAUUUUUCUUGAUUCGUUUGGAGGUUCAUUCAGUAUCUAUGGAUGAAUGGCCAGUCCUCAGACAUCGUCAGGGUUUCGUUAGCCUGAUCUCUACAGCAAUGCUACGCACCUCAGAUCAGUUAUGUAUUUUUCUAGUCUGAUGUGCUGCCAGGAAUAGAAAGCAAUAGGUGUUUUCUAUACUUCUGACCCAAAGCUUCCCACUGUCACAUGUUAAGAUGGCUCUGAUGCAAUGACCAGGAAAGGAAGUGUCUUGUGUUUAGUAUGUCCAGCUACUACGAAUCAGUGUGAAGAUGAUAUGGACUCUUAAAUGAACCUCUGCAGUGUCAUCUUUAGAUUGAUCGCUGACCUUCAGGUGGACAGAUCGCAGGCCUGCAGGCCUGUACAUCAGUGGAGUCAUCUGCAAUGAGGAGUGAGAGAGACUGAAGAAAGAAAAGAAAAGAAAAGAAAAGAAAGAAAAAAAUUGUAAAUAAUGAGCAGUCGUUUUAGUGGUCUCUGAGAGAUGUUCAUCAGAUUUUACCCAUUCAGAGUAUGUGCUUAAUAUGGGCGAAACAAAGAGAUAGAUGCUAAAAAUGUAAGAAAAAAGUUAUAUUAAACAUUUCUUAGUCUUGUUGAAAUAAAGACUGCAGAUAUUUAAA